AUGACCAAAAUUGUGGACAUGGCGGAGGACACAUCGAAGGAUGCGCCUCGGGGAUCCAAGUGCACCUGUGAUCCCCCUCGCCGCUUCAAGAAGGAAGAAUCACGGUCGAUGCUGGGAAGUAAGUAUUGCGACUACUGCGGAGGUGGUCCGUAUGAUCAUUACUGGCGAUGCCAGAAGACCUGCCAUCGCAAAUUCUGCAACUCUUGUAUGGACACUCUGGGAUACAGCAAGGACAAGGAGGAGUAA